GCUCGGAAGCCAGGCAGGUGGGGUCUCUCCAGGCAGCGUGUGCUUUACAGCAGCGCCUGCAGCCCUGGAGGAGGAGCGGAGCUACGGUAGGAGGAGCGGCCGGCUGUAGCCACGACCGCCACCACCAGGCAAAGGAAGAGUUCUUGAGGAGGGAAGGACUCUCCACCCCUUGGAGCACCGCAAGUCAGCUUGUGGAAAAAGAGAAUACAAGAUAAGAGAGAGAGGAAAGAAGAAGGGGGGAAAGUGAAGGGGGUACAGAGGGAAAAGAACGUGCAGUGAAAGCUAGUGCGUGCAGGGGGCCGGGGCCGGACCCGGGGGCGGCGAAGCGGAGCUGGAGCACGGGCUCUGGGGCAGGUGCCGAUGCCACUGCCUGGAGGCGGCAUGUGACGCGCGGGCGGAGUGCUCUCGGACCUCGGAGCGCACAAAGCGGUGCAAGUGGGUGCCACUCCGAAUCCCCACGCUCCUCAUUAUUUCUCCCCGGCGGUGACAGCGCUUCUGGAAAGACAGCGCGAUGAACCGAAGGACUGCCCGGGGCAUGGGCGCGCGGUCCUAAGACACUCGCUUCCUGAACACCAGGCGGGAGGCGACCAGCGAAAGGUGGACCGGGAGACCACCGUGCACCUGAGAGGCGCGGACCACCGGCGUGAGACAGCACCUGGGGCGCAGUGGCCAGAUCUGCACAGUGAUGGCACUUAAUUCAGUUACGAGUUGCUCAGCGGACUGUGGAGUGACUGAACUGUACCCAUUCCCGUCAUGAUGCACACCCCUGAGGUUCCUCACCAGUAGCACCUGUGUUCUGAUUAGAGGCAAAAUAAAUGACAUUCAAAACUUCCACUAAGGUACUAUAAGCUUUUGUGGUGAGAUGGCAUCUGGUUUCUUUCUACAAGGAAAGUUUAGCACACAGCACAGUCCUUGAAACAUUGGAUUGGUUUGAUGAGCCUACCUGGAAUAGACUAUGUCAGAGAGUCACCAUGACCUUGCACAAUAACAAUACAACCUCACCUUUGUUUCCAAACAUCAGCUCUUCCUGGAUUCACGGCCCUUCCGAUGCAGGGCUGCCCCCAGGAACGGUUACUCAUUUUGGCAGCUACAACAUUUCUCAGGCAGCUGGGAAUUUCUCCUCUCCAAAUGGCACCACCAGUGACCCUCUGGGAGGUCACACCAUCUGGCAAGUGGUGUUCAUUGCAUUCUUAACAGGCAUCCUGGCCUUGGUGACUAUCAUCGGCAAUAUCCUGGUGAUCGUGGCAUUCAAGGUCAACAAGCAACUGAAGACAGUCAACAACUACUUCCUCUUAAGUCUGGCCUGUGCUGACCUGAUUAUCGGGGUCAUUUCAAUGAAUCUGUUUACUACCUACAUCAUCAUGAAUCGAUGGGCUUUAGGGAACUUGGCCUGUGACCUCUGGCUUUCCAUUGACUAUGUGGCUAGCAAUGCCUCGGUCAUGAAUCUUCUGGUCAUUAGCUUUGACAGGUACUUUUCCAUCACGAGGCCGCUCACAUACCGAGCCAAAAGAACAACAAAGCGAGCUGGUGUGAUGAUAGGUCUGGCUUGGGUCAUCUCCUUCAUCCUUUGGGCUCCUGCCAUCUUGUUCUGGCAAUACUUUGUUGGGAAGAGAACUGUCCCUCCAGGAGAGUGUUUCAUCCAGUUCCUCAGUGAGCCCACCAUCACCUUCGGCACGGCCAUUGCUGCCUUUUAUAUGCCUGUCACCAUUAUGACUAUUUUAUACUGGAGGAUCUAUAAGGAAACUGAAAAACGUACCAAAGAGCUUGCCGGGCUGCAAGCCUCUGGGACAGAGGCAGAGGCAGAAAACUUUGUUCACCCCACAGGUAGUUCUCGGAGCUGCAGCAGCUAUGAGCUUCAGCAGCAAAGCCUGAAACGCUCAGCCAGGAGGAAGUAUGGACGCUGCCACUUCUGGUUCACAACCAAGAGCUGGAAGCCCAGUGCUGAGCAGAUGGACCAAGACCACAGCAGCAGUGACAGCUGGAAUAACAAUGAUGCUGCUGCCUCCCUGGAAAACUCCGCCUCCUCCGAUGAGGAGGACAUUGGCUCAGAAACAAGAGCCAUCUACUCCAUCGUGCUCAAGCUUCCAGGUCACAGCACCAUCCUCAACUCCACCAAGUUACCGUCUUCAGACAACCUACAGGUGCCCGAGGAGGAGCUGGGGACAGUGGACUUGGAGAGAAAAGCCAGCAAACUGCAAGCCCAGAAGAGCUUGGACGAUGGAGGCAGUUUUCAAAAAAGCUUCUCCAAGCUUCCCAUCCAGUUAGAGUCAGCCGUGGACACAGCCAAGGCCUCUGAUGUCAACUCCUCAGUGGGUAAGACCACGGCCACUCUACCUCUGUCCUUUAAGGAAGCUACUCUGGCCAAGAGGUUUGCUCUGAAGACCAGAAGUCAGAUCACCAAGCGAAAACGGAUGUCGCUCAUCAAGGAGAAGAAAGCGGCCCAGACCCUCAGCGCCAUCUUGCUUGCCUUCAUCAUCACCUGGACCCCCUACAAUAUCAUGGUUCUGGUGAACACCUUUUGUGACAGCUGCAUACCCAAAACCUAUUGGAAUCUGGGCUACUGGCUGUGCUACAUCAACAGCACCGUGAACCCCGUGUGCUAUGCCCUGUGCAACAAAACAUUCAGAACCACUUUCAAGAUGCUGCUGCUGUGCCAGUGUGACAAAAGGAAGAGGCGCAAGCAGCAGUAUCAGCAAAGACAGUCAGUCAUUUUCCACAAGCGGGUGCCCGAGCAGGCCUUGUAGAAGGAGGCGUUGUCCAUAGCAGUCACCAAACGCACACAUCAGCCCACAAACCUUAGGAGGGAGUAAGGUGCAGGGGGGGUGAUUUCUGGUGAUGACAAAAAUGUUUUUAUCACCCAGAUGUGAAAGAAGCUGCCUGUUUACCGAUCCAUUAAAUAAGCCCAUUUUCGUAUCAAAAGUCCAACACCAAUUCAGCAAAAAAUAAAUAAGUGUAUUACUGACUAUAAAGAAAUUUAUUCUGAAAUAGACUUUGUUUUUUUUUUCUUAAAGAGGAAAAAAAUUGCUUCAUAGCAAUUAUACACCCAAAUUGGUCUGCCCGGGCCUUUUAAUUCCCAUUAGCUCUGGAAUCUUGAUAAGCAUAACUAGGCCAGCCCAGCUGCCACAUUCUUUCCAAGGAUCCCCAAAGUAUCGAUCCAGAUGCCACAUGGAACAACGUCAGGCUAGUGAAUCUGUGGUUCUGAAAUUCUUUCAUAUGUUGCAGAACUGAACCUUCCCGUCCCAAAAGAGCUCCCGUCUUCUCAUUGGUGUGUCUAUAUGUGGACUUGAUUCUUGAUUCUUGCAAAGUACUGUUUUGUGCAGUUCAAGUUUCGUACAAAUAAAAGAUACAUAAGUAUAUAUGUA